GAGAUCUUGGCACAAUUUCGUAAGUCAUGAUGUACCGUUGGAGUCGACCUUAACGGCUUUGCACGUGUGUCGAAACCGUUGGGGGAAAUUUUAAACAUUUCCACAUUCCUUUGAAUUUGCCGGUCAAAAGUUUAACCAUGUCUUCUAAAAGUUUCAAAGAACUAGGUGUAUGCAAUGAACUGUGUGAUGUUAUUUCCACUCUUGGUUGGUCAAAACCAUCUGAAAUACAGCUACAAGCUAUCCCAGCUGCUCUUCGUAAAAAGGAUAUAGUUGGGCUUGCAGAAACUGGAUCUGGAAAAACUGCCGCUUUUGCUAUACCGAUAUUACAAGAUUUGUUGUCAAAACCAAGGCACAACUUAGCAUUAGUAUUAACUCCGACAAGAGAAUUAGCUCUUCAAAGCAAACGUCUAUUUAUGGAAUUAGGUGAUAAAUUUGGUUUGAAAGUAGUAUGUUUAGUAGGUGGCCAACAUGUCGAGGAUCAAGUUCGUGAUUUAAAACGACUUAAAUUUCAUAUAAUUGUUGGAACACCUGGUCGAGUUGUUUAUCAUUUGGAAAAUACAAAAGAAUUGCGUUUGAAUCAUGUCAGAUUCUUUGUACUUGAUGAAGCUGAUCAAAUGUUAGAGGAUACUUUUGAAGAACAGCUGGCGUUCAUCAUGACAAAGUUACAUCCGAAUAAACAAACUUUCUUAUAUUCAGCUACUAUGACACAGAAUGUUGAAAAAAUACGUAAAGUAUGCACUCAAUCACCAGUGAUACUUGAAAUCAGCUCAAAAUAUACCAAAGUUGAUAAGUUAGAUCAUGCAUUUGUAUUUCUUCCGGAUAAAGAAAGAGAUUUUUAUCUUAUCUAUUUAUUACUGUUAUCAUCUAAGAGUACAGACAAUAGUCGUUCAAUUAUAUUCACAAGUACAUGGAGGGAAUCAUUUCGUUUAGUGGCAAUUCUUAAAAGUUUGGCAAAUAUUAUUGGUGUUGAUUCUGCACCAUUGAAUGGUGUGAUGCAGCAAGAUAAACGUCAAUCAUCUUUAUUCGAUUUUCGUACAGGUCGUGUUUCAAUACUUGUAGCUACUGAUCUGGCUUCGAGGGGGUUAGAUUUUCCAGAUGUUGAUCUUGUCAUCAAUUAUGAUGUUCCACGUCGACCUUCAUGGUCUGAUUCAGCAAAAGCUUAUAUACAUCGAGUAGGAAGAACUGCCCGUGCUGGACGACAUGGACGUGCUAUAACAUUGGUUACACCUUAUUCAGUGACACGUUUAAAAGCUAUAGAAUCUGCACUAGGUGAAAGAAUUCCUCAAUUACCUUGGCCUGGAAUAGAUUGUUUGGAUGUACAGUUAAGACAACAAGUAGUGCAAGCUGACAAAGAUGCUCGUUCAAAACUACGUGUCAAGGAGAAACAGAAACAAAUGAAAAUGAAGAAAAGGAAUAAAAGAGAUUCAUUGAAUAAUAAUGACAAAUUGCCAAAAUCUAAAAAGACACGCAAAACUAACGGAAUGAAUUCAGACGAAGCAAAUAGUGAAUCAGAGUAGUUUUCUGUUUUGUCCUUUUACUGCAAGUAUUGUAAAUACCCAUUAAGAACAUUGAUCUUUUCUUCUUUUGAAAUGUAUCUAUUUGAUUCAAAUAAUACAAACUGUAGAGAAAAAAAA